AUGUCUUUCCACGAUUCUUCUGCCCAAACUCCAGCUUCGCCUUCUGAUCAACUCGGAAGCGUGUCUUGGGAAGACCGCCGCUUCACGGUCCAUGUCAAUGACACCUCGUUCGACCUAGGCGGACUCCCACUGUUCCCUUGGAAUGAACACUCUGAACUUGUCAUUCGAAUCGACCCCGCUUUCGAUUCUCUGCAUUCGAGCCGUCCUCACAUGGUCGACUUGAAGAAUAGUGACUUGUACAUGAGAACUUUGGUCCAGAGAGCACAACGUGCAGCAGACAACUUGAAGGAGCUCUUGCAGGGCCGUAUCAACAACGGUGAAUGUCAAGUCCAACUGGUCUUUGGAGAAUUCGCUGAGAUCCUGGCUGCCUGGCACUGGAUCGAACCCGAGUCUGUUCAUCAGUCUGCAAUCCAUACACGGAUGCUCUGGCCCCGUGUCAAACUGCCCAAGGUCACUGUGAGGCUGGGACGAGCAUGGCUUCAGAAAUUGUCCGAUCAGCAGAACACCACUCCAGACGCAUUGAAUGUGAAGGCGGCCAUCUGGGAGGACUGCCACCGAAUCCUUCAGACAGCUUAUUCGACAGCGCAGGUUCCACCAUUGUUUCCUUUGGCCGCGGAGACUUGGGAUUGUUUCCGUCUCAAUCUGCUGGGAACCACCUACGUGGUCCAGGAUUUGGGAGAUCUCAGCGCGAAGAAUACAUCUGUCGUACCUGCCGAUGACCCCGACAUCCGUUUCAGUGAUGAGAUUAUCUGGAGUGGUGUUGUUGAGAGCAGGGACCCGGAUGAGGACGACUACCUCUACAUGAGCCGCGCUCCGACUGGUGGGGCGGGCCACAGCCACAAUCGAAGUCUGGAAAGUGCAGGUGGACCGGCAAAUUGA